CGUUUGAUUCCACUGUCGAUUUAAUCAUCUUAAUUAAUGGCCGGAAGGGCUGCGACGUCGUCGGCGAAAUGGGCGAGAGAGUUUUUGUUCAGAAGAGUCUCGUCGAAUCCUCUUGGAGCUACCCGAAACUGUUCUUCGGUUCCUGGAGCUUCUUCUGCACCUAAAGUUCCUCAUUUUUCCAAGAAAGGAAGGAUAUUGACAGGAGCUACCAUUGGUCUGGCCAUAGCUGGAGGAGCUUAUGUGAGUACUGCAGAUGAAGCAACCUUCUGUGGGUGGCUAUUCAACGCAACAAAGGUUGUGAAUCCUUUCUUUGCUCUUCUGGAUGCUGAGUUUGCACAUAAGCUUGCUGUUUCGGCUGCGGCUCGGGGGUGGGUACCUAGAGAAAAGAGGCCUGAUCCAGCAAUCUUGGGACUUGAAGUUUGGGGAAGGAAAUUCUCAAACCCGAUUGGGCUUGCUGCUGGAUUUGACAAAAACGCUGAGGCUACCGAAGGACUGCUAGGAAUGGGAUUUGGCUUUGUUGAGGUGGGCUCCGUAACUCCUGUUCCACAAGAAGGUAAUCCGAAACCACGCAUCUUCAGAUUAAGCCAAGAAGGAGCUAUUAUCAAUAGGUGUGGAUUUAAUAGCGAAGGGAUUGUUGUCGUGGCAAAACGGUUGGGUGCUCAACAUGGUAAAAGAAUGUUGGCGGAAACAUCAGGAACUUCGUCAUCUCCAAGUGAUGAUGUAAAACCAGGGGGAAAAUCUGGACCUGGUAUUCUUGGGGUCAACCUUGGAAAGAACAAGACGAGUGAGGAUGCUGCUGCUGACUAUGUCCAAGGAGUUCAUAACUUAUCCCAGUAUGCUGAUUACUUGGUGAUCAAUGUUUCAUCACCCAACACUGCAGGGCUGCGCAUGCUUCAGGGAAGAAAACAGUUGAAGGACCUUGUAAAGAAGGUUCAAGCUGCUCGGGAUGAGAUGCAAUGGGGUGAUGAAGGUCCUCCUCCUCUUCUUGUGAAGAUUGCUCCUGAUCUGUCCAGAGGAGAGCUUGAAGAUAUUGCAGCGGUGGCUCUUGCUCUGCACUUGGAUGGGCUGAUCAUAUCAAAUACAACAGUCUCAAGGCCAGAUCCUGUAAGCAACAACCCCGUGGCAACAGAAGCAGGUGGUUUGAGCGGGAAACCGCUCUUUCCUCUCUCCACCAACAUGUUGAGAGAUAUGUACACUUUGACACGAGGAAAGAUUCCAUUGAUAGGCUGUGGUGGGGUUAGUAGUGGUGAGGAUGCUUACAAGAAAAUAAGAGCUGGAGCUACUCUUGUUCAGCUGUACACGGGAUUUGCGUAUGGAGGACCCGCCCUUAUCCCACAAAUAAAGGAGGAACUGGUGAAAUGCUUAGAAAGGGAUGGCUUCAAGUCUAUCCAUGAAGCAAUUGGUGCGGAUCACAGAUGAUAAAACUCAAAGAGCAAUACGCAAGGAGAGAUUCCUUUUCUUAAAACAACAAAACAAAGUAGUAUUUAGUUU